GUGCUUUCCAUGCCAGCUUUCCUGACCGCCACGAGGGUUAGUUAGUUAGGUGCACCGCCGAGAGGACAACCUCACCUCCCUCCCCCCCUUUCCCGAAUCAUCAGCUUUGGUCAAUCCCCCUCUGCCUCCCUUUCCUUGUCGCCCCUAGUGCGAGCUCGCCCUGUGCUCGCCUGUCGCUCCACAAGCACCUUCAUCUAGACAAAGCAACGUCGCCCGCAGCCAUGUCCGCUCCCGUUAUCCCCCCCGGCGGCACCAUCGUCCAGACCUUCCGCCAGUCCUUUGUCGACGUCCCCGUCGACAAGGAAAAGGACAAUGCCAUUGCCACGACCCAGUUCCUCGACGCUGCCGAGUCUCUGACGACCAUCUUCGAUGCUCUUGGCUCCGUCGCCUUCUCCCCCGUCAAGUCGGACAUGCUGGGUAACGUCAAGAAGCUCCGUGACCGUCAGCUCGCCGCCCCCGCCGAGUCAGAGAACAUCCAGGACCUCUGCCGCAACGAGCUCAAGACCAAGAAGCACACCGCCACUGAGGGCCUUUUGUGGCUCGUCCGCGGCCUCGAGUUCACCUGCAUCGCCCUCAGCCAGAACCUCGCCAAGCAGGCCGAGGAGCUCGCCGACUCGUUCCGUGGCGCCUACGGCCAGACCCUCAAGCCCCACCACAGCUUCCUUGUCAAGCCCAUCUUCAGCGCCGCCAUGAGCGCUUGCCCCUACCGCAAGGACUUCUACGCCAAGCUCGGCUCCGACCCGGCCAAGGUCCAGGAGGACCUUCGCGUUUACCUCGCCGCCCUCGAGAAGAUUGUCGGCAUCCUCAAGGGCUUCCUUGACUCCAAGGAGGCCAAGUGGUAGUUUACUUGAAAUCUAUGAAUGGCGGUACUCUCCAGCGAGCUUAUCUGCGGGGCUACAUACGAGUGAGCAAUCAGGAGAAAAAAGGCGUACCAAUUGAUCGCAUAUUAUGGAGGCAUCAUCCUCGAAGGCCUAGAUAUUUCAGCGCCAACAAAUACAACGCAAGAUUCACUGC